AGAGCAGGGGCAGGUUUGAAGUGAAGACUGUCUCUGCUGUCAAUGCAACACUGGAGCUUUCACUGUGAGGACUACUGUGUGCCACCUGAAGCAAAAUGAAGCGGAGCCAUAAUUACAGUUCAUCUGACAGCGACCUGGACGACAAUGUCGAGAUUGAGAAGGAUAGUUGCGACGAAAAUGGGUGCGUUUUUAUAUCAUGAUGUUUUUAGGAGCUUAAAGUAGCUAUGUACUUACAGCUGAAACAAAAUCAGAUAUUCUAAGUCGUGUUUUGCCUUUGUUAAUCUAUUUUUCUUUAAAUAAAAAAAAUAAUUUCCUCACCCUUUAGUCAACUGGAUUCCCACGGCUCGAUGUCUCCCCCCACAACAACCCAAGUCCAAGCCAGAAAAAGGCGCAGAGGGGUAAGAAAACUUCUGGUCCCUGCUGCUGCUUUAUCUUCUUCUUGCUUCCCCGCCACCUAUAGCCUAAAUUUCUCUCCAUUUGUUACCCAUUUAUAGAUUAUUGAGAAACGGAGACGAGACAGGAUCAAUAAUAGUCUCUCGGAGUUGAGGAGAUUGGUGCCAAGUGCGUUUGAGAAACAGGUAAAUUGAUCAUACUUCCAACCUCUCCUUGGAGAUAGUCUCUCUUUUUCCAUUCAUAUUUUUCUCCUCUAGAAAGACUCUUGAUUGUAUGCUGAUAUUAUUCUUUGUCUAUUUCUUUUUAGGGAUCGGCUAAAUUGGAAAAGGCAGAAAUAUUGCAAAUGACAGUUGACCAUCUGAAAAUGCUUCAUGCAUCUGGUGGAAAAGGUAACAAAUCCUUCCUUUGGCUUCAGAUAGUAAAUAAAAUAUGCAAUCACUUAAAUCAGAAUGACAUUAUAGGGAUCAGUUCCAUUUCUGACUGUCUGACUGGGCUUCCUGACAGGUUUGUUCGAGGCUCAUGCUCUUGCCAAGGAUUACCGCAGCCUUGGAUUCAGGGAGUGCCUGGCAGAGACGGCUCGCUACUUGAGCAUCAUAGAGGGUCGAGAAAGUACAGACCCUCUCCGAGUACGUCUGGUGUCCCACCUCAGCAACUAUGCUUCCCAGAGGGAGGUGCAUGGACUGGAACACUUAGCCUGGGGCUCUGCCUAUGGGACACCCCCAGCCCACCUCCCACACCCACUUCUCCUCCAGCAUCCACAGGCAAGGACACCUGCAUCCAGGAACACCAGUAAUCCACCCUCCUCUUCCUCCUCCCCCUCCACCUCUUCUUCUUCUUCUUCUUCCUCUUCUCCCUCCACCUCCUCCUCUGCCACAGAUGCGUCAGGGACAUCCAGACUCAGUGUGAUGCCCCCCACAGAGUCCCUCAGGGUGCCCCCAAGCAGCUCGUUGGCUCUAAGUCUGCCUUUGCCAACAUCUAAGCUCUCUCCCCCUCUCCUUUCGUCACUGUCCUCGCUGUCAGCCUUUCCCCUGUCCUUUGGUGCCUUCCCUCUGGUCUCCCCGACAGCUCUUGGCACGGUGAGCCCCUCCUCCACCCUGAUGAAGCCUUACAGGCCAUGGGGAACAGAGAUUGGGGCGUUUUGAAGCUUACGACUGGACUGAAGGCAACAGCUGAGCUGUGCCAGGCAGGAUAACCUGCCUCCUCUUUUGAAUAGCAAUAAAAACAGGAACAAAGCAAGUUGAUUUUAUUUUAUUUUAUUGAGGAUGGAGAAAAAGAGGUGCUGGUCAGUGUGUCAUCCCUCCUAUAAAGAAGAUGAAUUCCUAAUGACUGAUGUUAUUCAUUGAAACUGAUUACUAAUCUAGAUGAAGUGCACUGUUUCUGCAUUGAGAACUGAUUGUGAAACAUGGGCCAGAAUAGAUUUCCUGUGAACACAAAUGUAGAGGUAUUAUUUCCUAGACCACUCACUGACGCUUCUGCAUUUGUUAAGCCUGGAUAUCUAUUAAAAAAGUAGAGUUACUGAACCUGGACUCCUUAUUUAGAGGUUUAAGAACCCAUGGAAAAACGACGCAUAUUAUCUGUGCCGUUUUCUGAGAGCCAAUUCUGCUGAAUCUAAAACUUGUACUCUUUUGUCAGUUUGUAAUAUUUUUGUAUCAAUAAAAUGAGUUUAAGUACAAAAAUUAUUUGAUCCAGAGUGUCUUCUCCUUUGCACUAAUCAUGAGAAAAAUUUGGAGGUUUUUAUGGUAUCAUUGUACUGGUUCAGACUAUAUCAACCCAGAUGACAUUUAGUCUGCAGGUCCAUUUCUGCUGCAUUCCCAGAGAAGUUAAUUAUGACCUAAUAAGACCCAGUUAUUGACUGAAAGGCAAUUCCUCUGCUGUGUGCCAGGUAAGUAACCAGAUCUGGGAGCAUUGUUGCCCUUAUGAAUACCCAGGAAAUCAUUAAGAGCUAGAGGAAAUCCUUUACAAUGUUGGCCUGACCUCACCAACCUGGGUUGGUCUGUGGUGGAGACAAUACUGUGAACAGGAUAAGGACAUUGGAGGAAAGCAGUUAAAAAAGCUACAACAACACACAAACAGCUGAACCAAUAAAUCACUGUUUGGCUGCAGUUGGAGUUGUAGAUUUUUCUUAAAGGCUUUAAUGCAUUACUUUCUAUUUUUUAAUCUAUUCUGACCCUUUUAGGCUUUAAGGAAGGGCAAUUGCUGCUUGUGAUUUGCUUCUUGAGGGCUUAAGUCAUAUGCUAUUAAUAAUAUAUUAGACAUUAUGUCCCUAAGUGCUGGUAAAUUACCUCAACCUUUCUCUGUGUGAAUAGAAAGUGCUUUAAGAUAAUAAUAAAACGAACAUGUUUCCCAUAAAAGAUUUGACAUGUAUAAACAAAAAUGCAGACAUGUUUCUGUUUUCGUACAACUUACUGUGCAUACAUUUGGCUUAUAGUGAACUUUUGCCCUGCUUUCUGUUUGGUUUCUAAAGCUCUAAAAGAUCUGACACUACCACCUAGUGGACAAACUUAGUCUCUUACAGGCCAGAUGGUUGAUAAUAGUCUCAUUAUCUUUGCUCAAUCAAACCUUCAGUGUAAGAUGCAAAUAAUCAUCACUAUGAUAACCAAACAGUGAAGAGUGAUGACAAAUAAACCGGAAGACGACUGUGAUUCUCAGGAUGUGUAGAUAACUGGUUCUUUUAUUUGGCAGUUUACAUUUUCCCUCCACUUUUAGCACAGAAAAGUAUUAGAUGGUGCAUGCCAUAUGUUCACAGAAUCCCAAACCUUUAUUCAGCAAAGCUUUCACAGAGAAAUAUAUGAAGGGAGAAACACAAGCAGCAGAGGAUGCAGGCAGAUAUCAGUGAUACUGAAUAUUAAAAAGAGACUAGUUCAGUGUGCUGAAUGUAAAGCAUCCUGCAUCCAUUCCCCAUCUCACCCCCUUAAAGAGAGCAGAGGCUAGUGAUGCCUUGUGGUUAAAUCCACAAUCACACACACCCACGCAGACGCAUGUUACGUUUGCACUAGCGAUAUCAAGGUGGGAGCAACAGCAGGUACCAGUACGGUGUCAUAACAUUCAAGAGAUUGAUCCCCUAAUACUGUGUGGAGCAAUGAUUUGGCUAAAGAUCUCUUCAUUGAGAAAUAAAGUUUUCAGAGUAAAAGGGGAUCUGUAAGUGUAGAAACAGUUGCUCCCGUUGGCCAAAGACAUUCUUAGUAACAAUAAAGCACCUAUCAAGUUUUUAGUCAAGCUCGUUUAAAGAGGAAGUGGACGCUUUAUGAAACUGUGUUGUGUUUCCAUUUUUGGCAUAUUCUCGAAAUCCAAGCGUGCGUGUUGAAAAGAGUAUGCGUGCGUGAGGAAAAUACAGAUGGGAUACGUUGCUAUCUUGAAGGUACCGCAGUCUAGGUAUACACCAAUCGUAAUUCUUCGCAAAGACACAGAAACAUCAUCAUCAUCAUCAUCAUCAUUAUCGUCAUGACAUCAUCAGGAAACACUGCAAAAUGUCAGUCAACAGCCAACUCACAACACAGAGUUCUUUCACAAAAAAAUGGUUGUAGAGUCAAAAUUUCAAGAACUGAAACAUUUAUCAAUCACAAACAAAAUGUUUGAAAUCAUACAGAGCAGUACAGAGAGUACCUCACCUACCACCAUAGAUAGAUAGAUAGAUAGAUAGAUAGAUAGAUAGAUAGAUAGAUAGAUAGAUAGAUAGAUAGAUAGAUAGAUAGAUAGAUUUUAAGAAAAGAGUAUUUACAAAAUAAAAGCCAUAUAAUUUUCUCUAAAAUGAACAAAUCCAUUCAACUCUCAAGAUGAGUGUAACUGAUGCUUGUAUCCACUGAUAAUACUGAUAGUAGUGAGUACUGGUGGUGUGGUGUGGUGUUUUGUGAUGUGAUGGUGAGGUCCUUCAAACCUCUUCGCUGCCAAGGGGCGGGUGUUGGUACUGAGGAGGGUGAGGGUGGGACAAGGGGGGGAGGGGUUGGGGCUUGUCGGAGAACGUUGAUGGACCAUGAAAGUCAGGGCUUGUGUGGGGUUCAUGCUGUCAGCUCUUCUCUCAGCUCCUUGUUCUUGCGCACCAAAGCUGCGUGUCUCUCCU